UAUGAUAUGAGUCUGAUACUGUCCCAAUCUCUCUCUCUCUAUUUGGAAAAAAACUUGAACAACUUGACGAACCGUUCAAUUCAACCAUGGCGACUCAGAUCGCGAAAUGCCUGGUCUCCGUACUGAUAGCAGCUCUGUUCCUGACACUGGCGAGCUCGGACGCCCCUUUCAUCGUCGCCCACAAGAAGGCCACUCUCACCAGGCUCAAGUCCGGUGUCGAACGUGUCUCCGCGUCCAUCGACAUCUACAACCAAGGAUCUGCGACUGCAUAUGAUGUAAGUCUAACUGAUGAUAGCUGGUCCAAAGAUGUUUUUCACAUUAUCAGUGGAAACACUUCAAUGUCAUGGGAAAGGCUUGAUGUUGGCGCUCUUGUAUCGCAUGAUUUUGAAUUGGAGUCCGAAGUACAAGCACUGUUCUAUGGUGCACCAGCAGUUAUCACAUUCCGCAUCCCCACAAAGGCUGCUCUACAGGAGGCUUAUUCGACUCCAAUUCUGCCUUUAGAUAUCCUCGCAGACAGACCUCCGGUGAAAAAGUUUGAGUGGGCUAAGACUUUGUUGGCAAAGUAUGGAUCCUUGAUUUCUGUGAUCUCCAUUAUGGCUUCGUUUGUCUACCUGGUUGCAACCCCAUCAAAAUCUAAUGCUGCAAAAGGAAGCAAGAAGAAGCGCUAAUGAAUAAAGAGGCUAACACCCUUGGUAACAUCCAUUAGCAGGUCUGCCAUUAGCUUCAGUUUGAGGCAAAUAGUUUGUCAAAAUCUAGUGUUGUUAGUCAAAGAGUUUUUUUCCCCUCCCCCUUGUUUACUUUAGGACUUCGUUUGUGAAAGUUUCUAAUGAAGUGGGUGUUUGGGAAGUGGCUAUUAUUUAGACUUUUUGACUUUUUGGCUAUUCUAAUUUUUGUGUUUGGGAAAAUAUGAUGGAUUUUUAUUUGAGUUGUUGUAUUGGAAAAUGUGUUUAAAAUGAUGUGAGGCUAAAAUGACAAAUUUGUCUCUAACUCACUUUUUCCAAAAUUGGUCGAAAGGGGUAAAAUUGUCAUUUCCUAUCUAUGGGACUAGGCUGUCUCCACUGCCGGCUGCUUUUUUUUAAUUAAUAUAAAUAAUUGAUUUAAU